GGCGGUUUACACACAACUCUGCAGUUUCUAGGGCUUCAAGGAUUUUAUAGUCAAGUUUUUACAGAUUCUUUUGAACGUUUCUGGAGUGUUUUGUUUCUCAGUUUGGAGGUUUUUUCAGUGCACAGUCAGGAUGUCUUCUUUGUCAGGAAUCAGGGCUAUGAGUGGAGCUUUUUGGAUGUUUUUUCUUCUCCUCCUCCUCCUCCUCUGCACUUUUGGGAGAUGCGAGCCUCAAGAAUCCAAACCUCCGCCACCUACCGACGUCCAAACUGCCAAACCCUUUGACAGUGAUUUCAGUGAGCCGCAGGCCUUCCCUGAGGGGGAGAAGGCCAGUCUCCCCGUGUUCACCAUGGACUACGCUCGGAUCCAGGUCCCCUUUGAGUUCACGCUCUGGGUACUGCUGGCCUCCUUCUCCAAGAUCGGUUUCCACGUUUACAAUAAGAUAACCAUCUGGAUCCCGGAGUCCUGCCUCCUGAUCGCCGUGGGCCUCAUCGUCGGGGCCAUCAUGCACUCGGUGAAGGAGGAGCCCCCCGCCGUGCUCGACUCCAACGUCUUCUUCCUCUACAUGCUCCCGCCCAUCAUCCUGGAGAACGGCUACUUCAUGCCCACCAGGCCGUUCUUCGAGAACAUCGGCACGGUGGUGUGGUACGCCGUGGUGGGAACGCUGUGGAACAGCAUCGGCAUCGGCAUCUCCCUCUUCACCAUCUGCCAGUUUGAAGUGUUUGGACUCCAGGACGUCAACCUGCAGGAAAACCUGCUCUUCGCCUCCAUCAUCUCUGCCGUGGACCCCGUCGCUGCUCUCAACGUGUUCGACGACAUCGGGGCCAACGAGCAGAUGCACAUCGUGAUAUUUGGGGAGGGACUGUUCAACGAUGCCGUGACGGUGGUCCUCUACAGCAUGUUUGCCUUCGUGGCCGACAUGCCGAAGGUGGAAUCCACCGACGUGUUCCUGGGAGUGGCCCGGUUCUUCGUGGUGGGGGUCGGCGGCGUCUUGUACGGCCUCCUGUUCGGAUUCGUGGCGGCGUUCACCUCGCACUUCACCAACAAGGUCCGGGAGAUCGAGCCCCUCUUCAUCUUCAUGUACAGCUACCUGGCAUACCUGGUGGCCGAGCUGUUCGCCAUCUCCAGCGUCAUGGCGAUCAUAAUAUGUGCCAUAACCAUGAAGUACUACGUGGAGGAGAACGUAUCCCAGCGGUCCUGCACCACUAUCCGUCAUGUGGUCAAGAUGCUGGCCACCGUCUCCGAAACCCUCAUCUUCUUCUUUCUGGGCGUGGUUACCAUAACGACGGAACACGAGUGGAACUGGGCGUACGUCCUGUUCACGCUGCUGUUUGCCUUCUUCUGGAGAGUGAUGGGAAUCCUGGUGCUGACCCAGAUCAUCAACCCCUUCCGGACCAUCCAGUUCAGUUUCAAGGACCAGUUCAGUCUGGCCUACGGAGGCCUGCGAGGGGCGGUCUGCUUCGCCCUGGUCUUCACGCUCCCGGACAACAUCAACAGGAAGAACCUGUUUGUCACGGCUUCCAUCGCCAUCAUCAUCUUCACCGUGUUCAUCCAGGGCAUCAGCAUCCGGCCCAUCGUGGAUUAUAUCAACAUCAGGAAGACCAACAAAGAUCUCAAGAGCAUCAACGUGGCCAUUCACAGCAGGGUGAUGGAGCACACCAUCAGUGGGGUUGAGGACCUGUGUGGACAGUGGAGUCACUACUACUGGAAAGACAAAUUCAAAAAGUUCAACGACCGCUUUCUGAGGCGAAUCCUGCUCAGAGACAACCGAGCAGAGUCCAGCAUCGUGUCUCUGUACAAGAAGCUGGAGCUGCAGAGUGCAUUCGACUUGCUGGACACGCGGAUCGGAGACCUCAGCGCAGCGCCGUCUAUCGUUUCUCUGCAUGAUGAGAAACUGGAGGCGUCUCGACCGAAGAAGAAGUUUCUGUCUGCCGACGUGAGAAAGAUGCACAACAUCCUGUCCAACAACAUGUACAAGAUCCGACACAGGGCGAUGGCGUCCACCAGCAAACACAAGCUGCCUGACAACAGCCAGGCCAGAGAGAUUCUGAUUCGCCGCCACGCGAGCAUCAGGAGAAGCCUUCGUCCUGAAAGUUUCCGCGAUCAACCGGAGCAGAACAUCUCCAGAUCUCAGAAGUACUUCUCCCUCCAACCCGGAGGAAAUCUGGCUGCUGCUCUUCCCCUCAGACGACGGAGUCAUGCUGGUCCGGAAAUGGAUCGGUUCCAGUCCUCCGGUGUGUCUCCACGUUCCUCCUCCCGCUCCAUCGCCUCCACCAGCCGGCUGAACACCAUCAAGGAAGCGAGGAGUCCAGAGGGGCCGCCUGCUCUUGGACAUCCAUCCUCUGCACUCUGGAGACGGAGCUGGCAUCGGACACGUGAGGAGCAGGACAGCAGCGGAGAUGCUGUGGGACGGGAGGAACUGGUGGAUCCUCCGCUGCAACCACCUCCUCCAGGCUGGGCCCCGGAAAACAGGGAGCAGGAGGCGGGAGACCUGCUGCUCCGACCGUCUUCCCAGCGGUCUGGAGACUCGGCCAGGUUGUGACUGGUGGAAACAGCAACUUCGUGUUUCAGCAGAAAGGAAGAUCCUCCGGUUUGCAGGAUCUGGACUUUAAAAGUUGCAGAAGAAAGGAAUAUUUGGAGUUGGAGAAGACGACGAGCUGGAGACUCGUUCCUCUUUCCCGGAGGACUUUCAGCCGCCAAGUCGUGUGCAGGACUGUCAUUUCUUGUUCGGUCAAUCCAGAGCUUUUAUGUCAAAGAACCUUUCAGAAAAAGGUGUACAUGUUCUUGCCUCAGGGCAUCGUCCACUAUAGUCAGAAGGGAGUGAACUUCCUCCGACCACCGUGUUAAAAAGUUCAGACUUUACAGCAGAAAAAAGGCAGAAAAAAACAUAUUUACAGCUUUGUCCAAAAAGCAAACAAACAAAAGAAAGGUUUUGGUCUCCUACUUUAGAUUUCACACCAACAAUAACCGUAUGGGAGGAGAAUUUUCAUGUUCCACAUCAGGUAAUAUAUGAGGCUACACAAUGGU